AUGUCGUCCAAGUCGCAAUUGACCUACGCGGCUCGCGCCAGCAACCACCCCAACCCCCUCGCACGCAAGCUGUUUGAGGUGGCUGAAGCGAAGAAGAGCAAUGUGACUGUGUCUGCGGACGUGACCACCACGCAGGAGCUGCUCGACCUGGCCGACCGCCUCGGUCCUUACAUCGCCGUCAUCAAAACCCACAUCGACAUCCUCUCCGACUUCAGCGAAGCCACCAUCACCGGCCUCAAGGCCCUUGCCGCGAAACACAACUUCCUCAUCUUCGAAGACCGCAAAUUCAUCGACAUCGGCAACACCGUUCAAAAGCAGUACCAUGGCGGUACCCUGCGCAUCUCCGAGUGGUCCCACAUCAUCAACUGCAGCAUCCUGCCCGGCGAGGGCAUCGUCGAGGCUCUGGCGCAGACCGCCCAGGCCGCCGACUUCCCCUAUGGCUCUGACCGUGGCCUCUUGAUCCUCGCCGAGAUGACCUCCAAGGGCUCGCUUGCCACGGGCGCGUAUACCGCCGCAUCCGUGGACUAUGCACGCAAAUACCCCAGCUUCGUGCUGGGCUUUGUCUCGACCCGCGCGCUGACCGAGGUCGAGUCUAGCGUUGCCCCAGCCGACGGCGAGGACUUCGUCGUUUUUACCACGGGCGUGAACCUCUCGUCCAAGGGCGACAAGCUGGGCCAGCAGUACCAGACGCCGCAGUCGGCCAUUGGCCGUGGUGCGGACUUUAUUAUUGCGGGACGCGGCAUCUACGCGGCGCCUGACCCCGUUGAGGCGGCGAAGCAGUACCAGCAGCAAGGGUGGGAGGCGUAUUUGGCGCGCGUGGAGGGUGCCACCCACUAG